CUCUCCCCCGCUACAUGUAGUUAACUCACUAACUUUAGGCCCCCACUCGCGUCACUCCGCCGCCGAAGCCGCCCGCCGUCCGAGCGUCACCUUUCGGACCACGAUCAUCGAAUGCGUCUCUGGAAUACUAUGGCUGCUGCCUGUGCAAGCCUGCCCGACAUUAGCGUCUAGUCAACAGCGGAAGGACACUAUCACCAUGUCUGUUGCGAUCUGGCCUCCCAUUGCGCCAGAGCAGCUUAAAAUCGAGGAAGAUGCGACACAAGCCCGCGAACUAAACUGGCUCCUCACCAACCUCCACACCACCCUCCGUACCCUCAAAACCUCCCUCGAAGAAACCUACGCGCUCCUCGCGCCCAUAGACCCAGGCUCCACCCUCGUGGUCUCGACCCCCCGGCACGAAACCGUCAAAGGCCACAUCACACGCGUAGGCACGCGCCUGAUCAAAGGCAACAUCGCCGUGAAGCUCCGAACCCAGCCACCCUUCACCUUAACCCUCGACGCCGCGCACGUGGUCCACGUCCCCGAGCUGACGACGCUGAAUACUUUACUCACGCAGUCGAUAGAUUUGCUUGCGCUGUGCGUGUCGGAGAGGCCGGACCCGAGGUUUCUGAGAGAUCAGCUGAGACUACUUGCGGAUUAUUUGUCUGAGGCGGUUGGAUUGGUCAAGGGAAAGGAGCCGGGGGAGGGUAGUCAAGCGGACACGAGAUGGACUUCGUGCUCGGUACCGCCGGAGUGUUUCAAUCCGCCGCUGGACGGUAGUAUGAGCGUGUACUUUACGCUGCAGGAUGCGGCGCUCGUUAUGUACCUGAGAGCAUUGGAGCCGGCUGAUGCGCCCGUCAAUUUCGGGACCAAGCUUGCCUUAGCUAUUGGGACGGCGCGAAGACUAGAACACGAUGAAGCGGAUCGGGUGUUUGGGUACUGUCCUGAGGGUCUGGAUGAAGGCGCUGGUAGCGUUUCGCGAGAAAGAGCACCGGCUGGUGCGAGGGGAGGUGGUAUGGGUAAGGGACGAGGUACAGAGAUCCAAGUCUUCGUGAGAGAGAAGGUGAGGAUUGAAAGUGCGGAUCCGAGUCUGAUGAGCUUGAGCUCGAAACUCGGAGCGCUGGGAAGUGUGUUGGCAUUGGCGAGGAGGAAUCUGGCUGUGGUCAUGGGCGAGGACGUUGAGCUGGAGUAGAACUUCCAUACUGAUCCAAAUUCCAGCUCGGACCAGGAGAUGCAAAUAUCACAAUUACCGGGUAGGCCGAGGGUCACCGGUGGGAUGGACAGCCACAGACGCCGUCAAGGGACGAAAGCCGACGAGGUUCGGCACCAUAGGAUUAGCAUAGGAAUCGCUUGCUUCCUUCACUAUUGUUAGAUCACCAGCCCGCACUUCCGAAGGGCAUGUCACUCGCACCGACACAUAGGCGGAGUUGUGAAAAGUUAG